AGAGCCGUUGCCUCGGCCCCUUCUCCCGGGGCCAGGCGGCCUGUGCCCCAGCGGCGACACCGAGUCGGUCACACACGCGGCCCCCGGUGUCCGGGCAAGUCGCCCCCACGCCGGGCAAACGGCAGCCUGGGCUGAGCCGCCCUGACCCGCCAGUAGGGGCCGCCCGCGCUGAGCCUCCCUCUGCAGCAGCGGCCCGCGGCUGCUCUGUGGGGCCGGGCGAGGCCCCUCUGGGGCUGCCCAAGCAGCUGCCUGUUCACACGUGACCAUUGGAUGGCGCGAGGCCCGGCUCCGUUAACACCCUUUAAACCGUUUCAUGUACCGACACUUACGCUCUGUGCGGCGGGGCUUCCCGGGCCUGUGACGUGUCACUCAAACCACGAGGGGCUGAACCCUGCGCCGGGCUCCGCGCUGGCAGCCUCGCCUCCUGCGCGAGCGACCGCGGGGGGCCCAGGCAACAGUGCUGCCCUCACUAAAAAUGGCGGCCACGCCCAUUACUUACAAUAACAGUGAAGCCAGAUCACCCCGCGGAGGAGAGAGCCGUUUGCCCCUACGAUGCCAAUCACCAGAUGCCCAGCGCCUCCCUGGCUAAGCACAUGGUGGCCUGCCGGCUGAGGAGGCUGCAGUACUCCAGAGAGGAGCAGGCUGAAAUGUAUGACUCUACAUUUUACUAUGAGAAAGCAAAGAUACCCACCAUUACUAUUGAUAAGGAUCUACAAUUUCAGAUUAUUAAACAAGCUAAAGCUUUAAGUGCAAAAGAAGGUGGAGGCUCCAGUGAAGCUUUAGGUGCCUAUUCUUCACUGCCUGUUGAAGUUCCCCAAAACCACAAACGCUUCAUCUGUGACCUGACUCAAGCUGAUCGUCUUGCAAUCUAUGAUUAUGUCCUGGAAGAGACGAAGAAACAGAGGUCCAGAUCCCAGGCCACUGAAAAUGACAGUGAUCUCUUUGUAGAUUUGGCUGCUAAAGUCACCCAAGACGAUGGUCAAAAAGGUCCAAAGUCUCAUCUUGAAAUCCUGGCAGAAAUGCGGGACUAUAAAAGACGGCGGCAGUCGUACAGAGCUAAGAAUGUUCAUAUAACAAAGAAAUCUUACACUGAGGUAAUCAGAGAUGUGAUUGGUGUGCACAUGGAAGAACUCAGCAGCCACUGGCAGGAGGAAGGUAAACCAGACAAUGCAGACACAUGUGAAGGAGGAAAAUCUUCCAUUUCAGCAAAGUCUUCAGGAAGAAAUGAAGAGAGACGGUCAGCAUCAGUGGACUCUCGACAGUCUUGUGGAAGCUCUAAGGAUGUUGAUCGAUCUAGACACAGGAGAGAUCCCAGCAGAAGUCCAGACAAACAGAAAAGAAGUAGAGAAAGAGGCAAAGACAGGGAUUCCAGGAGAAAAAGAGAGAGGGCUGAAGACAAGUAUCACAACCACAAAAGAAGAAAAUAGAAAAAGGACUGUAAAGAAGAUGUCAGCUGUUAGUUAAGGAAAUAGACUUAAACUGGAUCAUUCAGAGCUGUGAAUAUCAGCAGCAUGCUGAUGGCGAUAGCAUUGUGUAUUGAACGCUGUACCCAGAGCUGGGAGGCUGCCAGUGACAUCUUUCCCUCAUCCUGACAACCGUACCAUGGUCUCGUGUCUCAGAUGGUUUUUAUCUCUACAUUAGAAGGUGACGUGUAAUUUGUUGUAUUGCCUUUGAUUGAUAAAUAUAAUUUAUGACAUUGUCAUUUUUCAUGCAGCCCAACUUGGUCUGGUGAUUGAAGUAAAAGAGGAAGUGACGAGGAUUCAAAUUUGUGCAGGUUUGCAGUGACUUUGGGAGGAUACUCUAUAGCAGUGGUCCCCAACGUGGUGCCCGCAGGAGCCAUGGUGCCCGCUGGGGCAUUUAUGUGCGCCUGCCUAGUGCCCAGCAGGGGAGAGAAACUGCGGCCCCGCGCCU